UCGAGCUUGUGGACUGCGAUCACCCAGAAAGCACUCCUUCCAUCUCAAACAGCUGGCUUUCGUCUUUUCAUCUCUGGUCCAAGCCAGGAAUUUGAGGUUUGGCCAUGAAUGGGAUCAGAAACACAGUCUCUGCUCUCGGAGAGAUGGGAGGUGAGCUGGUCACGCAGGUUGCAUUGGAGGUUUCAGGAGAUACAUUCAAAGACAAGCUUCGAGCUUUCACUACUGAUUUGGAAGACAAAUAUGAGGACUUACAGCAACGAAGGCUGUUGCUACAUGCCUUGAGAAAGGACCUGGAGAGGGAAGUUCAAAGAUGUAGAGAGAAAGAAACCACAAGUUCUUACAGCUUAUGGAUCACUAAGGCAUCAGAGGUUGAUGAAGAAGUGAAUGAUUUGGUGAGUAGAUAUGAAGCAGCAAAGCAAGCUUCAUACGGAUUUUUGCAACGACCAAGUCUGUCUUCAGAGGUGGAAGAAAAGCUUAAAGCAAUUAAGGAACUAGUUGAACAGAAAAGUUAUAUGGUUUUUCAAGUUGACAAACCUCCAGAGCGUGUCUUAAAAGUGUUAAAUGCUCCUCGUAUUGCAGGUUAUCCUACCCUACAAGGUGCACUGGAAAAAGUUUUGGAAUUGGUCAAAAAUAGUAAAAUAAAAGCCAUUGGAGUUCAUGGACUGAAAGGGGUUGGGAAAACAGCAAUAAUGCAGAAUUUGAACAACCAUGAAGAGGCUGACAAGUUGUUUGAUAUUGUCAUUUUUGUGGGGGUCCCGGAUGAUGAGAUUCAUCUCCAACAAAAAAUUGCAAGGCGAUUGAAGGUCGAUGCCAAAGGGAUCAAUGACACUGAAGAUAUUGCCAGAAAAAUACACAAAGAGCUGAAGAAUAAGAGGUACUUGUUGAUUUUGGAUGGAGUGGUGGACUCUAUUGAUUUGAGUCAGCUGGGAAUUCCAAAUAAUGACAAUUACAGCAAGGUUGUGGUGACCGCUCAACAUAAACAGGUUUGUACCUUGAAUGAUGCAGACAGGUUGAUCAAGGUUGAGCAAUUAUCUCGUGAUGAGGCGUGGAAGAUGUUUCGAGAUACUGUUGGUCCUAAAAUUGAUCGGCCAGACAUUCCAGAGAUUGCUCAACGUGUAUGUGACAAGUGCUCUGGUCUUCCACUGCUAAUACAUAAGAUAGCGCGAUCUUUCAAAUUGAAAGGGAGUGCUCCAAGCUGGAGGGCAGGACUGGAGGAUCUGGAAGAACGAUGGCCAGAUUAUGAAAAUGAAGGCGUGAACGAGUUGUACUCAUUCUUGACAUUCUGCUAUGACGACUUGAAAGAUGAAAAGAAACAGAAAUGCUUUCUGUAUGCUUCAUCGUACCCUGCUGACAGCAAGGUUUACAGUGAUUAUUUGGUGGAGUGCUUGGCAGCUCAGAAUUUCCUUGGUGAUAUCAAUGGGACAAGAAAGUAUCAAAAUGCACGUGAUCGUGGUUAUGCAAUACUAGAGGACCUCACAAAUGUCUCAUUACUAGAGAAAGGAAAACAGAUGAUAUAUGUCAGCAUGAAUGAUUGUAUGAAACAACUUGCUUCAUAUAUAUCUUCUAAAUAUCCUCAGUAUAGCUCUUACGUCCAGACUGGAGAGGAACUUGGGGAACCUGAAACAUCAAAAUCUUGGCAGAAUGCGAGGUGGGUAUCUUUGAUUAACAGCAAUUUGCAGACUUUACCAAUAGACCAGGAUUGUAGUAUGCUUGAGACAUUAUUGUUGCAGAAGAAUCCAGAGUUAUCUAAAAUUCCUGGAACAUUUUUCAAGAAGCAUAUGAGAAACCUGGUGGUGUUAGAUAUGUAUGGUACUGGAAUUAAAAGUCUGCCAUCAUCUGUAUCGAAGCUGACUGGUCUUAGGGGACUGUAUCUCAAUGAUUGUGAGCGUCUAACCAUGUUGAAUUGUGGAUUAAGAUCACUUGAACGGCUUGAAUUUCUUGACAUUCGAGGAACCAAAGUGCCCUUCUUAUCAUCUGAUAUUGGGUACUUGACCAAUUUGAGGUGCUUGCGAAUCCCAUACAUUAAAAUUGCAGAUCAAAGUGAAGAUCCAGCUGUCAAUGCUAAUUACAGUGCGCUUUCAAGGCUUCAAAAAUUGGAAGAAUUGAUAAUUGAAGUGGUUUCCUAUCAGGAAUGGUGUAAUGAUGCUGCAAAUGUGAUGCAGCAGUUGGCCUAUCUGGAAAAUCUAACCAACCUCAGGUUCAGUUUUCCCACUUCAACAACUCUUCAAAAUCUUCUGACAAGGAGAGCUGGUAAACAAUUCAGUUCAUUCCAAUUCUUCGUUGGAUGUCAAAACUCUAAGCGUCCUUCAAUUCUUGAAUCUUUUGAGUACAGAAUUUCUAGAUAUUUGAGAUAUAACAAUGGCGGAUGCGAGGAUACUCCAGCAAUUAGUGCUAUACUUCCUCAAACUGAUGCAUUAGAAUUGAUCAACUGUAACCAUGUCAGAGAUCUGUCAAACCUUGGGACAGAAAGCUUGGAGCGUAUCCGUGGUAUUCUGAUUGAGAAAUGCAAUGAAAUUCAUACCCUUUUACCAGGAACUGUGAAUGGCACAAGAGAGGUAAGCAUCCUGCCAAAUCUUGAGCAACUGCACCUGAUAAACUUGCGCAAGUUGAAUUGUGUCUUCAGAGGUCCCUUUCAUCAGGAAUCCCUUUCCAAACUAAGGGCUUUGACAUUGAAAGAUUGCUCGUCUUUGAAAUACAUUUUUGGUGAUGGAGCUAUUCAACAUUUUUCACAGCUUCAUUUUCUGGAAGUUCAAAACUGUUCAGAUUUUGAAGAACUUAUUGCAGCGGUUGAUUAUGGCAGUGCCGUGCUUCCCAAAUUAGAGGUGUUAGUGCUGGCUAAUUUGCCAAGACUCAAAUCUGUGUACAUAGAUCAGACCUUGCCAUGGUCUUCACUUGAGGUUCUCAAAAUAUAUCAAUGCUCAAGAUUGAAAUCAUUGCCUUUAAGCAAGGAGAGGGCAACCAACCUCAGAUCCAUCAAAGGUGAACAAGAAUGGUGGGAUGAACUGCAGUGGGCAGACAAGGAGCAUUUUCAACAUAUAUUUACGGCCUCAAGUGGGUGUUAGUCGUUAUUCUUUGCCGUACUUGUUGAUGUAUGAAUUGAAAGACUAGCUGUGCCUUUCUUCUGGACUCUUGUAUUCCUAGUGUGGCAAAGUACUGCUGUAAAGUGUAAACUGUGAUAAUUACUAGUACAUCGCUGUUGUAAUUGGUGUUAUAUUAUUUUACCGUACUCUUGUAAUUUGUGCUGUUACAUUACUGUUUCAGAUGUUGAUGAUAAACAGCUUGUUGAUGUUCUAUUUUUCCUACUUCAGUUUAAACAUCAUGGCCAAUUUAUAUCUA